AUGAAUGCAGCUCCUACAAUGUCACAGAGGUCUUGGAUUGACGACACCUUCUGCAAGAGAGAGUGUAUUAAAUUCAUCCCAGCAUGUGGAGACAUACACAGAUGCUGCUGCGGACGUCUGGUAGGGGAGCACACCUGGCUGGAGACUGGCCCCUUCAUCUCCCACUGGCCUGGGCCCCAGGCAGUGCAAGAAGAGAGGUGGUCAGUGGAGUGUCACACACAAGCCAGUGCCACCGAUGCCUACGGAACCAUUGACUUCCAGGACAGCGCUGACCGUAACUGCCAUGCCAAGUACGUUCGUGUUGCGGUCGACACAAAGGCUGAGGCUCUGCUGCAGCUGAUGCUGAGGGAGUGGCAGAUGGAACGGCCUAAACUACUGCUGACGGUCCACGGGGGAGCAGAGAACUUCCCUCUCCCCCUCAAGGUUAGACAGGCCUUCAGCAAAGGCCUGAUAACUGCAGCCCAGAGCACUGGAGCCUGGAUACUCACAGACGGCAUCAACACAGGUGUGUCCCUGUAUGUAGGGGAGGCUGUGAAAGCAUACGGCACCAAUGGCCGCAGGAAGAGGAACGCUGUAGGGGUCACGCCCUGGGGCGUAAUUGACAACCACGGUGACCUUAUAGGGAGAGAUGUGCUCAGGCCUUACCAGCCCCUGAGAAGCCCCUUGAGCAAAACUGUGUGUUUGAACAGCCUGCACUCCCACUUCCUGUUAGUGGACGAUGGAACUCUGGGGAAACAUGGCUGCCAGCUGGGACUCAGGAGGAAGCUGGAGAGACACAUUCAACUGCAGAAGAUCCAUCCUAGGGUUAACCAGGGUGUGCCAGUGGUGUGUGUGGUGGUGGAGGGCGGCCCUGACAUUGUGUCCAUGGUGUUGGACUAUGUGAGCAGUGUGCCCCCCGUGCCUGUGUUCGUCUUCGAGGGAUCAGGCCGGUCGGCUGACUUGCUGGCAUUCUUGCACAAACAGACCGCUAUGGAUAGGUGUGCGGUGCCACUGCAGCUGGACACAGACAUCAAAGAGGACUUCCUUCUGAGGAUAGGUGGCAUGUUUGGUCUGGAGAGAGCAGACGUCAACCAGCUCUACAACCUUCUGAUGGAGUGUAUGGACUACAGACAGUCUAUCACAAUCUUCGACUCGGAAUCCGAAGAUCAACAGGAGGCAGACUGCGCCAUUUUGAUGGCCACACUGAAAGGUACCAAGUCAUCUCCAGCGGAGCAGCUCGGUACGGCUCUGGCUUGGGACAGAGCAGACGUGGCUAACAAACACAUCCAAGUGUACGGCCAGUACUGGCAGGUUGGCUCGUUGGAGCAGGCCAUGCUGGAUGCUCUCAUAAUGGACCGGGUUGGCUUUGUCAAACUGUUGAUCGACAAUGGUAUGUCCAUGAACCGCUUCCUGACCGUUUCACGUCUGGAAGAGCUCUAUAACACGCAACAGGGACCAACAGACAAUUUCCUCCAUCACCUUGUGGAAGAUGUGAAACAGAACCAUAUACCCAAAGGAUACAGAGUCUCCCUCAUAGACGUGGGGCAGGUGAUUGAGUAUCUGAUAGGAGGAGCCUAUCGGAGCACAUACACACGGAAACACUUCCGGGCCUACUAUAACCACUUACACGCCCACUGCAUGGAGAGAUCCAUGGUCCACAGGGACCCGAAGGAAGCCCAGCAGCAGAGCUCCAAGCUGGGCGACUCUUCUCUGGUAGUGUUCAACUUCAACGACCUGUUUGUGUGGGCCGUGCUGCAGAGGCGCCAGCAGAUGGCGCUGUUCCUGUGGCAGCAUGGGGAGGAGGCCAUGGUCCGGGCUACUGUGGCUUGUAAGCUGUACCGCGCCAUGGCCCACGAGGCUAAGCAAAGCAACAUGGAUGACACCACAGCGGAGCAACUCAAAACCUACUCGCUGGACUUUGGUCAACUGGCUGUAGACGUGCUGGACAAUGCCUUCAGGCAGAACGAGCGCAUGGCCAUGAAGUUGCUGACCUCGGAGAUGGAGGCCUGGAGCCACUUCACCUGCCUGCAGAUGGCCGUGUCCUCCCGGCUCCGCCCCUUCGUCUCCCACUCCUGCACCCAGAUGCUGCUCACCGACCUGUGGACCGGCCGCCUCAACAUGAGGAAGAACUCCUGGUUCAAAAUCAUCCUGAGCAUCCUCAUGCCCCCUGCCAUCCUGCUACUAGACUUUAAGAACCAGGCGGAUAUGUCCCAUGUGCCCCAGUCCCAGGAGGCUUUGCAGUUUAUUUGGGACACGGGGAGACCAGAGGAUGUGGAGAAGGGGUCAGCAUGCUGGGAGAGGAUCUCAGACCCCGAUGCUGACACAGUCAUACCCGUUACCACCCUGUGUCUCUUCUGGACCAGGAGGCUGUACGAGUUCUACAACACUCCGGUCGUCAAGUUCAUGUUCCACACGAUGUCCUACCUGGCCUUUCUCAUGCUGUUCUCCUACACUGUUCUGGUGAAGAUGGAGGACCGGCCCAGCACUCAGGAGUGGCUGGUCAUUGUCUAUAUUGUAUCCACCGCGGUGGAGAAAAUAAGAGAGGUGUUCAUGUCGGAGCCGAGGAAGCCCAGUCAGAAGCUGAAGGUGUGGUUCGGAGAGUACUGGAAUGUGUCUGACUUCCUGGCCAUCCUCCUCUUCCUGGUGGGGCUGGCACUGCGCUGGCACAGCGGGUCCUACCGGAUGGCAGGGCGGAUCGCCUACUGCCUGGACAUCAUCUUCUGGUAUGUCCGGAUGCUGGACCUGCUAGCGGUCAACCAGCACGCUGGACACUACCUCACCAUGAUCACCAAGAUGACCAGUAACAUGUUUUACAUUGUGGUCAUGAUGGCCAUCGUGCUGCUGAGUUUCGGGGUGUCCAGGAAGGCCAUCUUGUCUCCAGACGAAGCUCCGUCAUGGAGCCUGCUCAAAGAUGUGGUCAACCAGCCGUACUGGAUGAUGUUUGGAGAAGGGUACCCCGAUGAAAUAGACGCCUGUGCAGAAGGCAAGCCGUGUGCCCCCGGGGCUUUCCUCCACCCUUUCCUCCAGGCCGUCUACCUCUUCUUCCAGUACCUCAUCAUGGUCAAUGUCCUCCUUGCCCUUCUCAACAAUGUCUACUUUAAAAUGAAGUCCACGUCCAAAAAGCUGUGGAUGUACAACCGUUACCGUUACAUUAUGACCUAUCAGGAGAAGCCGUGGCUGCCCCCGCCCCUCAUCAGCCUGAGUCACGUGACCCUGUGUGUGACCGCCAUUUACCGGAAACACAGGGGCUUAUCUGAGAAGGAGAGGGACUCCUGUCGGCUUAAGCUUUACCUCGGCCGAGAGGAGCUGAAGAGGCUUCAUGAGUUUGAGGAUAGGUGUGUGAUAGCGUAUUUCCACAAGAAAAAACAAGAUGUUCUCUGCAGCCAGAUCCACAGGAUCCGAGCCACUGCAGAAAGGACUGAUGAGAUGGGUGUAGUUAUUGGUGAGGUGUCUGAAAGGGUCCAUUUCAUCCAGGACAGCCUGCAGGUGCUGGACAGCCAGCUGGGCCAGCUGCAGGUCCUGUCCGCCCUGGCCGUGGACACCCUCACCCUACUGUCGGCCUCUGACAGCCUGCAGCAGAAGGAAGCCCACCUGGGACAUUGCCGGCCAAUUGCCCACUCCCAUCACCACUCACCCAACAGCUGUACCCUCCCCCACAUUGACAUCACGCCCUGCCACACACCCAAGGCCUACCACAGCACCCCACCCUCCCUGCUGUGGGGCCUCACCUCCCUCAGCCACCGUCCGCCACUGGAGUGGCACCCGGGAACAUGGGGGGACAGUGUCCGUGAGGGGUGGGUGGCUGGCGAGACAAAAGAGGAAGAGGAGGUACAGAGUAUCAUGGUGCAUCACGGUGGCGAGGUAUGGCCGGUUGGUUUUGGCUUUGGCUCGCAUGACUCUCUCCCUCACCUGGGCGGUGCAGGGCUCAGAGACAAGACCCCCUGUGAGUCACUCGGGCCUUCCCACUGUGGCUCUCCCCUGCACCCCUGGACCUGGGCUGUAGAGGGUUCUCUGGAACCCCCCCACUGCAAACCCUGGGCCUACUACGACCCUGAGAUGUGCAUGGAGGAGGACAAAGAGGGGGAGGUUGGGCAGCCCUUUAAUGUGGAUGUGUCGAGGGCCUCUAGCCAUGACUUUCUGUUGUUGGACCCCCAGGACGAGAGAGGCUGUGGGGCCAUGGGUUUGGUGAACCCUUCCUUCUGUAAGGAUGACGACCCUGGGGCAGCUAGCUCCAGACUGGGCCAGUGGGGCAGGAAGUGUCCUCAUCGGUGGACAUGUCUGUCCAAGGACCAGCCGCAUAGACACAGGCGCUCUCCUUCCUCUAGCAUGGAGAACAUGGCUCUAUCUAAUCCCUCCCUGAGGCCAUUACAAGCCUCUUUCCCCGCCCUCGACUGCCUAUCAGGGGAGCGGAGCUUCACAGCUGACAUACCCCUUGGCUGCAGUAAAAGCAGAGAGUGGUCCAAGUCGUCUGACCUGGCGAUGACCUCAGGGAGCAGAGAGAGGUGUCAGGCCAGGAAAACAGUCAAGAUUUUGGAAGGGAGUUCUUCAGAUGCUGUGGACUCUUACCUUUCUGACGUGUGCAGGAAGAGGAGGCGCAGGGGAGGAGAGCCUGUGUGCUGGUCUGCAUCUGCUAGCCUCAACAAGUUCGAUUUGGAACCCCUGGAUACUUUGCAGAAAGAGCAUUUUUCACGUCAGGAUUCUAGUCAGUCCGUGUUGACCAGCUGGGCCUGCUCUGUCAGCCGCAGGUCCUCAGUGCAGGGUGGGAUCACACCUGAAGACCUAGACCCACACUACUCAGCCAUGGAAAAGAACAACCUGAUGAGGCUUGCUCACACCAUACCUUUCACACCUGGCUCCAUAAUGGCGGGAGAGGAGGUGAGUGUCUACUCCCUGGAGGAGGUAGAAGCUGCAGGUGCGGAGUCCUCCGUAAUCUCCUGGUCGCCCCGGGGGCUGUCUGCAGUGCUGCAGCCGCUGUCCAGCGAGGGCUGUCUAGAUGGGGCCCUGCGCAGGGCCAUGCGCGUGUUGUGUACCUGGGCCGAGGGGGACAUCCUGAGUGUGGGCUGUGUGUACGUGGUCAAAGCCUUCCAGCCCAAGGUGAUCCGAACCUGGCAGAGGGUCUUCCACAGCGACACCCCCCUCCAACUCUGUCUGCGGGAGAUACAGCAACAGAGAGCUGCUCAGAAACUCAUGCACGUGUUCAACCAAGUCAAACCAGAAAACGUGCCCCUUUCUCCCAGGUUCCUGGAUGUGUCUCUUCUUCACUGUCACUCAGACGGACAGUGGUUGACCAUAGAGAGGAACAUGUUGGGUGACUUCAGGAAGUACAACAAUAACACCGGAGAGGAGAUCACCCCCUGCUGUGGAAUGGAGGAAACGCUCCUGGCCUUCUCCCACUGGACCUACCAAUACUCCUGUAGAGAACUACUGGUGCUGGACAUACAGGGAGUGGGGUCGGAGCUUACAGACCCAUCGGUCAUCCGAGCGGACGACAAAAGCUUGACUGGUGACAUGGUGUUUGGUCCUGCUAACCUGGGAGACACUGCCAUCCAGAGCUUUGUCCUCAAACACACCUGCAACUCCUGCUGCAAGAACCUCGGACUCUCGGAUUUGAAGAGGAGCACAGACAGCUGUGGGAAAACAGAACACAGAUCUUCUGAAGAGGAAAGUGGAGGGAUCGUGACCAGAGUGUAACCUCUGACUUGAAAUCAAAAGUCCGCCAUCCUAACCUCUGCUUCAGGUGGGAUGAAGUUGCCAUUAAAGCAUAAAGACACUAAUCAGUUUAGUUUCUUUCUCCCGAAAUGGUUAUGGAUAGGAAUAGGGAAGGCUUACUUGAUCCAGAGGUGUGCUUAAGGGAAACUUCUACCAUGAAUAAAAGCACUCACUUGGGGCUUUGAAUGGAAAGUGUACAUUGUAUAACGUCAUGUGGACUACCUCCUGUGUUAGAUGGCUGGUAGGGCUUUGGUUUUAAAAAUGAUUAACAUUGCACUAGUCUCAACAGCAAGCCAGAUGCCGUAGUCUUGCAUUCGUUCCAACUAUGGCGUGCAUAGUGGAGGGAGGCCAAGGCGAAUACAUUUUAUGUACAUACACUCCCCGCCAUAUUUAUUUGGACAGUGAAGUGAAAUUUGGCUCUGUACUCCAGCAUUUUGGAUUUGAGAUAAAAUGUUUCAUACGAGGUGACGGUACAGAAUGUCACCUUUUAUUUGAGGGUAUUUUCAUAUUUGUUUUACCGUUUAGAAAUGAAAGCACUUUAUGUAUCUAGUCCCCCAUUUGAAGUUGUCAUAAGUAUUUGGAGAAUUUCACUUAAAGUGUAUUAAUGUAUUCAAAAGUUAGUAUUUGGUCCCAUGAUCCUAGCAUGCAAUGACUAUAUCAAGCGUGUGACAAAACAGGAAACAGUCUUUAGAGAGUGACCAAAUUGCUCUGGCUGGACUCAAGCAUUUCUUUAUGAAAUUAAAACAAAACUUGAUAAAAAAAUGUAAAAAAACUAUUUAUUUAUCAAACAUUGCACAUUAAAGCCUCAAUCUAGGAUUUUUUUUCUUCAGCAAAACAGUCCCUCUCAAAUGUUUUUUUUUUGUUUUCAAA